AUGAGGGGAUUCAAUUAUCUGGCCCGGGUUACCCCCCGGUGGGAGGAGUUUGCACCGGUUGAAAAGUGAUUGCAUUCAUUUUGGAGGCGGUGUUAUGAUACUAAUGGUUUGUUGAGACUGAUGGUUAGUACGGGUGUGGCUACCAGUACAGCUCUAUCUAGUUGUCACGUUGGGGAUAACAGUUGUUGACAACUGUAGCAUUUUAGCUAAGCCUAAACCAAACCCUUUUCCUAACCUUAACCUCAUUCUCAUAACAUGCUACAUUAAUUCUCAGAACCUGCUGCAUUAGUUCUCCUAACCAGUUACGUAAAGUCACUUCUGUCCGUAGCUGGGUUAGGCUUAGCUAGAAUGCUACAGUUGUCAACAAACCAUCAAUCUUGACAAACCAUCAGUAUCACCACAGGGGCUCCAAGAGAUGCACUUCAAAAGUAGGUUUCAUAUAGGCUAUCUAAAUACAUUUAAAUAAAUCUAUUACUCUGGUGCUUGUUUUUAAAGUUGGGAACACCAGUGCUACCAGUACCAAUGAACAAAGCCCUGCCGGUAGCCUUUUUCCCCCCUGAAGUUCUGUUGUGACAAUUCCACCCUUGCCUCUGGAUGAUGGCUGUCUAGGGACCUGGGAACCACGCUGUCUCACCUUCAGGUGCUGUGGAUAUCUCGCUGCAGCCUGGCAGACCUGGACGGUAUCCCCUCCUUCUCCUCUCUCAAGGGAGAGUUUGUAGUGGAAAACUUUUGCAGUGUACCAUCUACAAGACCUGUUAAUCCACCUGGCUUCUAGCCACCUUGUUCAGCUGUGAAAACCUCACAAUUCAACAAAGGUUGAAGUUUUAUGUAUUUUACUAUGUAAAAGUUGAGUUCCACUAAAUCUGAGCCUGUGUUGGUAUGUCCUCUCUCUACGCUAGGUGCUCUAUGUGGCCUAUACCAGUGUGUCGGACCUGAGUCAGGCGAGCAUGCUGGAGAAUCUACAGCUGUUGGACCUGGAAGGGAACGCUGUGGAUGACCUGGUGCAGGUGCAGUACCUGGGCCUGUGCUCCCAGCUCCGCACACUCACCCUGAAGGGAAACCCUGUCUGUAUGCGCCCCCACCCCAAUACCACACAGGUGUUUGCAUACACUCCUACACUCCUAACCCUCACCACAACCACAAUCAUGUGUAUUAUUGUAUACAUUACUGAAUCUGGAUUUUAGAUACUCAAGAUGUGUGCAUAUAUAUAUGUGUGUGUGUGUGUCCAGGCAUGGGGGUUGUGAGUGUUUGAGUCUGGUGAUGAGAUUAUCCGGAAUGACUGUACUACCAUGGCUCUGCAUGCUGAGCUCAGGCUGUGAGUCAUGCUCUCCCCAAUGUCUCCCAUAUGGGCCCAGAUGAUAAUGGCCAAAAUGCAGAGACUGUUUGGAGACAUGAAAGGCUGGCUGUGAUCUCAGGCUCCUGUAAGGGUGUCUGUCUGUCUGCAUCAGGCAGAACAGGGUGGGACUGGAGAGCAGGGGACAGGGAAUUGGUGUUCAGAGCAAAACAGGCUUUGCUUGUGUGAGUAGGGACGGUACAAGCUGUGGUAAAGUGGUCAUGGUUAGUAUAGACAUUGCUCAACUAGGCAGGGUGGAAAAUAUACUCUCUUGUCUGUAGGAAGGUUUUUAGCACAUGUGUUGAGAUGGGAAUGAGCCCAUAUUAAAGUGGUUUAUUAAGGUUUCACUAUAAUGACGUGAUGCAGUGUUGAAGUGGUAUGAAUGGACGAGUGAAUAUGUUAAUUUUUUACCCACCCAACCAGCAGCAGGAAUUAGGAAACUAGGGCAGUGAGGGAGGGAAAGCUGAUCUGAAUAUGCAUUAGGCUUGGUCCAAGCACUGAGAGAGGGGUCCUUGGGUUUGCUUUUUUUUUGUCGACUCUGGUUGUCUAUACCCUUGGUGGAGCACAGAAAGUGCAGCUCUCUCUUUCUUCUCUCUCCUCCCCCUUUGUCUCUCCUCUCUCUUAUCUCUCUCUCUCCCCCCUCCCUCUUUUUCUAUUGGUUGGUGAAGGGUGAGAGUACUCAGCUCUAAUUUGAUCUCUUAGCAGCAGCAUAGUGCCUUUACUGGUCUCUCUCCCUCCUCUCUGUCCUCUCAGUGCUGAUAAAGAACUAGACCACAGUACAAAGUGCAGAUUAUUGGCAUUAUUAGCACUUAGUUAUCGGCCCACUCAGAACCAUGUUCUUUGUUCCUUCUUUGAACAGAAGUUACACUCAUUGUGGCUUAAAGCUCUUCUAACAGGGCUAUGUUCUGUUACAGUAUGUUAUACUGGUGUUAUGGGGUAUGUUUGGCAUUGAAAGGCUAACUUUGAAAGGUUGGACUUUCCUUGGCCUUUAUCAACCAUUCAAAUCACAACCAGAGCACAACCUUGGACCCUUUAUGCAGUCACCUAUCAUACUUUAUCACCUGUGUAGUCCAGGGGUAGGGAACUCUGCUUCUCCAGGGCUGCACUGGAUGCAUUUAUUCAAACCCUGUUUUAUGCUGCAGUAGUUUAUGUGUCGGGGGGCUGGGGUUAGUUGGUUAUACCUGGAGUACUUCUCCUGUCUUAUCCAGUGUCCUGUGUGAAUUUAAGUAUGCUCUCUCUAAUUCUCUCGUUCUCUCUUUCUCUCUGAGAACCUGAGCCCUAGGACCAUACGUCGGGACUACCGGCCGUGGUGACUCCUUGCUGUCCCCAGUCCGCCUGGCCUUGCUGCUAUUCCAGUUUCAACUGUUCUGCCUGCGGUUAUGGAACCCCUACCUGUCCCAGACCUGCUGUUUUCAACUCUUAAUGAUCGGCUAUGAAAAGCCAACUGAGAUUUAUUCCUGAUUAUUAUUUGACCAUGCUUGUCACUUAUGAACAUUUUUGAACAUCUUGGCAUGGUUCUGUUAUAAUCUCCACCCGGCACAGCCAGAAGAGGACUGGCCACCCCUCAUAGCCUGGUUCCUCUCUAGGUUUCUUCCUAGGUUUUCGCCUUUCUAGGGAGUUUUUCCUAGCCACCGUGCUUCUACACCUGCAUUACUAGCUGUUUGGGGUUUUAGGCUGGGUUUCUGUACAGCACUUCGAGAUAUUAGCUGAUGUAAGAAGGGCUAUAUAAAAUAAAAUUGAUUGAAAUUGAUUGAUUUAACACACCUAACCUAAUUCAACCUGUCAUCUGCUUAUAUGGACCUCGAUUAGUUGAAUGAGUGCUGGGCUGAAACAAAAGCCUGCACCUACUGCAGCCCUCCAGGAUUAGAUUCCCCCCACCCUUUGACUGGGCUGGUCUUGUGCAACGGAAAAUAGUUGGAGUGGAUCUGUUAGCGUCUAUUAUGUGCCGGCUCUCUUCCUCUUGUGUUUCUUCAUCCUGUCUUCUUCUCCUUUCCCUAGUCCGAGGAGGAGGAGGGUUACAGCUACUGGUUGGCGGUAAGGGAGCUCGUCCCACAGCUGCAGUACCUAGAUGACAUGUGUGCAGAGGAGUAGUCAGGGCCUGGCUGCAGCAGCUCCAUGAGGGAAGACUGGGCCCUUCUCAGAGAGUCCAUCAAAGACUGCAGAGACGGCACUGUGUGUGUGUGUGUGUGCGCGCACGUGCCUUUCUGCUUCCAUCAGGCCAUUAAUACUACUCUGCAUUAUACUCUUCUAUAUUUUCCCUCUUCCCUGUCUGGCCAUAGAGGAGAGAGCAGCCAGUGUGAUUGCCUACUCCAGACCCAGCUCUGGCCAGCGCCCAGCUAGCAGCCUCUCCAGUUCCCGUCCCUCCAGUCGACCGGUCACUGCCAGGCCCCUCUCAGCAGCCGGCUCCAGACCCCUUUCUGGGUUGUGACCCUUAUCAGCGGCUGGGUCCAGAGCCCUCUCUCCUUCCGGGUCCAGACCCAGUUCUGCUGAUGCAGAUCCAGCCUCUGUGGACCCAGACGCUAGCGUUCUGACGCACGGUGAGACACUGUAUUGGUGUCCUUGGCACUGAAAGCCCUACCAUCUCCACAUCAAUGCCUCACUUUCAGUCACUGAAUAGGGCCCAUAUAGUGAACCAGUCUUAUUGUUUUGUGUCCUUUUUGUGAGUUAUUCAACAGUUCUAAUGUAUUUGACUUAAUUUCAAAAAGUAGCAUCCAAUUUAUAAUUACUCGACACUGCCACCAUGAGGACAUAAUGUAACGGUGUCUGAAGAUUCAUCAUCAUGUCGUUUUAAAUCAGAGCUCAUUGAUUUUCUGACCCCGGUAUUCAGGCAUACUAUGCCUUCUUUAUCCUGUUUCCUAAUUUCCUAUGUUGUGACAAUCCCAUCCCUGAUUAGCUAUCCUCCACAGUAAUUCAAUGUUUUUUUGUUUCUCUCCAGGUGCAGGGAAGGUCUUGUUCUGUGGAAACCCUGUCCAGGCCAUCAGAGCCAGGCAACAGAAGAUGAGGGUAUGUUAACCCAUCAGUGGGGAUAAACUAAUAAACUGCAGCAUCUCAGUUCUUACCUGACAACCUUGAAAGCCAUCUCUGGCACGUUGAACACCACAGCAGAGAUUUUACAGUUUUCCAGCGCCAAGGGAAAGUGGCCCAGAGUGAAGGUGGAAUAGUUAUGUGUUGUGACAGGCCAUUAUGGCUGGGUGGCGUCGCCCCUUGUCUCUCUAAUGUGAUGUCAGGAUGAACAGAAGAAGAUGAUUAUCAGAGAGAGGAGGGGAGGGUGAUGGAGGGAUGCAGCUGUGGCCCAGGUGACAUGACAGACGGAGCUCCCUGCCAACGGCCAACGAUCUGUCAUCUCUACACACGUCCGUCACUCUCUCAAACUGCUGUCACUCUCUCAUUCUCUCUUGGGCUGUCAUUCUCUCUCUUUUAUACUCUUUCCCUAAUUUCUCUUUCGGUUCUUCACUAUAUUUCUUCUUCCUCUGCCUCCAUCCUUAUUCUAUAUCUCCAUCCCUCUCUCACCAUUCCUGUCGUUCUAUCCCUCCCUCUUAGUCCCUUGCUACCUCUGAUUCCCUCUCUCUACUCCCUUUACCCUCUAUCUUGAACCUCAUCCAUCUCUCUCUCCCUAUGCAGAUGCCACUCCCACCUCUGUGUAAACCUCUGUCUUUAACAUCAUAAUGUCUACCUCCCUGUCUCAUCUCCCUCUCCCUACCUUUGUAUGCAGACUGCAGCCCCCUCACCUGUGUCCACUCCGAGAGCCCCACCCCUCUAUGUUUUGGAGCACAUGUAUGACCUUUUGGAGCAGGAUGGACGCCAGCGCAGCGACGUGUUCUCUGAGGGGGGGGAGGAGCCGGGUCGAGUCACUGGGCAAACACUGGCCCGCCAGACUUAUCUUUCCAAUCCCCCUCUUCAGGCGAGUCUCUCUCACCUCUGGUUUACAAGGUCAUCAAACAUGUCAAACCUAAUCAGUAUAUGAAAUAUAAAACCAAGAAACUUAAAUAUAAAUCCAAGGAUUUGAACACAGAAGAACUGGAAAUCACACUACCACAAUGCAAUAUCAAAUGUUCUCUAAUAAACUGUUUCAUUUACAGAUGUGUUUCAGAUAAAAGCCAAAUCCCCUGAAGGGCCUCUAUCUCCCUGUCCCCUGAAUCCACUCUGACGCCCUCUCCCCCUCAAAGCGCCACAUCAGCCCCUGGUGGCCGGAGGCUGUCAGAGCUGCGAGCGCGCAGACUGAGGCUUAGUGGUGGGGUGGCUGAGGCUGGGGCUGGGACUGCUGUAAAGCCUACUAAAGACCACACAGAGCUAGGGCCAAUUAGAAGAGACCCAGGCUUUGAGGAACCAAGGGCUCCAGGAGGCUAUGAGGCCCAAAGUCCCUCUGCUUCCCAAGGCUACUCAGCACAUGCCCCACAGUCCAGCCCCUGGUCCGAGGGCUCAGGUCACCGACAGGCGGAGCUUCUGUGCAGUCGAGCAAAGGGCAUCAACUAA